UUGCUGGGGCUGGACGUGCCAUGUGAAAGUGAACGUUGGAUUACAGGUCUUUCUGCUGGUGGACCAUGUGGCUGAUUCCUGUUGGGCUAACUGAACCUUCAAGUUGGACAGACGGUGGUUGGUUCGAAAAACCUGGACAUCCAUGCUUUGAUGGAUGUUGGAUACAUGUCCCCUGCAAGGGACAGUGUCUCCCUGAAUUUCAUUUGGUUGAAGACCACGACAAAAUCAAAGACGAACCUUUUCCGGAACUGUAUGUCGGUUCGGGACCAGACUGCCACGUACGGCUUGACCCGAAACUGUUUCCAGCAAGAGUGUGUCGUUUCUUGAAACGGAAAAACGUGUGGUACAUAGAAACUUUGCAUCCGAAUCAUCAAGUUUCUUUGCAGGGUGCAACCUUGGAAACAGGGCGCCGCUCCCGUUUGAACAAUGGUGAAGUCAUUGGUCUUCCGGCCCUUCGGGCCGCCAACGGCACAACUUCAUAUCGAAUAGAAAUCGACGAUUCGGAGGACAAAGACACCCAUCCAAACAGAUACCCCACGCGUUUUCCAUGCAGAUCUUCCUUGUUGGAUGCCCCUGAAGCACCUGAAGAACUUCGACGUUUGGCUUGGCAAACUGAUCAGAUGCGAAGACGCUCUGAAAAUGAUCAGGUGCGCGUGGCAGACUGGUCCAACUUCUCUCAGUAUGUAAAGCAACACUACCUGAGACAUGGCAUCCAGUGCACUUCCUGGAAAGAAACGGGUCGUGGUACGCCCUGGGACCCGAAACCACCCAGCUUUCCAGCGCGGCCGUUGCCCCCCUGGAUCUGCGAAUUGCUACAGGAUGAGCGUCCAGUGUCUGGGGUCGGCCGACCCUUGCCGUUUGCCAGCUCCCUGCGGGCCUCCGGGAUGGAGCUGGUGUUCCUCCCUCAGGAUUGCACGGAAGAGCCCACCGAUAUUUGCGUCCCGGUCGUCGAGACUCAAGAGUCUGUGGCAGCGACACCUCCAGAGGAAACAGAGGUAGCCUCAGAACCGGCUGAGGUGAAUCCACAUUUGCUGAUGUCCAUUCAUGACUGGUUGGAAUCCAUUGAUGACUCUCUGUUUAUGCUUCAGUACUACGACCGGGUCAUCUCCAAUUUUGAUUCCUUGAAGCAGAUCCAUGACAUCUACUUCCACGCUGGUCGUUUGGAUGCCGGAUUCUUUGUCGCUGCUGGCAUCACCAAGCUUGGGCACAAGCGCAUCAUAGAGAAAUGGUUUCGAGAGAAGUGCUGAUGUUCAAACUGGACGAUCUAAUGCGGCAUCGUAGAUAUCUCGGGUCGAUGAUCGAUGGUCGAUGUUUUAAAGCUGACCGAUGACUUAUCGAGACUUCUCGUAUUCCGCUGCCGCUUUAUGCCGCUAUGGUUCUCCGUGACCUGAAGAGCCCACCGUCGGAGAAGUCGAGUCUGUCCGUGGUGAUCAUUUUGGAGUCUCCUUGAUGUUGAGCGCCGUGAUCUACACUUCGGGUUUGGAUCGAACAAAGUUUCGACCAGCUCAGAAAAUCUUUGUGCCCUUUCAGCUAGUUAGUUGAGUUUACCACCAUGGAAUUGACAAAGAAGCAUGAACAC